UCCCGCCCCCUCGCCGACUGUUUCAGGCCUCUGCUCGUGUGGCCGCCGCGGCUCCGCUCGCCUUCUCCCUCCCGGCUCCGGCUCUUUCCGCCGUCGCGUCCAUCUCGAGCUCGCCUUGCUCAGCCCGCCGCUGGUCUGUUCCCGAGGGGAGAUCCCUGGCCCCCGACCGCCAUGUCCCGCUAUACGCGGCCUCCCAACACCUCGCUCUUCGUCAGGAACGUGGCGGACGCCACUAGGCCUGAGGAUUUGCGCCGUGAAUUUGGUCGAUAUGGCCCUGUAGUAGACGUAUACAUUCCGCUUGACUUCUACACAAGACGCCCACGAGGAUUUGCUUAUAUACAGUUUGAAGAUGUUCGUGAUGCAGAAGAUGCUCUUUAUAACCUCAAUAGAAAGUGGGUAUGUGGCCGGCAAAUUGAAAUACAGUUUGCACAAGGGGAUCGCAAAACCCCAGGUCAGAUGAAGUCAAAAGAACGUCGCCAGUGUUCUCCAAUGGAUUAUAGAAGAUCAAGAAGCCGCAGCCGAAGGAGGACACGUAGCCGAAGUUCAUCAUGGGGCUGGAGUAGAAGACACUCUGACAGCUUUAAAGAGUCAAGACGUAGACGGCAUUCUUAUAGUCAAUCUAAGUCUCGCUCAAAAUCUCUUCCAAGGCAUUCCAGCUCCCCAAGACGAUCAGUCACACCUCAAAGAAAUUCCACCUCUAGGGGAAGGUCACGGUCAAAGUCGGCACAGAGGAGUUCAAAAUAUGCUGAGAAAUCACCAUCCGGUUCCCACCGAAGACGUUCUACUUCAAGGACAAAGUCACGCUCGCAUCCAAAGCGCUCAGGCUCAGUUACCAGAUCCCUAUCUAAAUCUCCACGGAAACAUGCCAACUCCAGUUCUCGCUCUAGAAGUUUCUAUCAGAGAAAUAGUAACCAACAGAAUUGUCAGUGGGCCUUUGCUGCAAACCCUUGGAACAGCAAGAGACUUACACUAAUGUAAUUUUCUACUGGCUUAAGGGUGCACACAGGUCGGCCUUGUGCUUUGUAACGGAGUUGGAAGGGAAGGUCUGUCUCUACUCACUUCUACUUACUUGUGUAGGUAUUGCAGUGCAGUUGUGUCAAUCUGCAGGAAGAAUGGACGUGCUGAUGGAUCAGAUUUUCCAUUCCACCUGUGCAACUCAUUCCCCCCAAUCCCAAGUUUCCAAGGUGGAUUUAGGAGAGGAACACGGGGAAGUACAUGAGUGGAAGUUGAAGUAAAGUUGCAUGUAACACAAUGCUUGCAUGGCAAAUCUGCCCUUGGGAUAAGAUUAAGUUUUCUAAUAUUUUUUUUAUAUUGGUUUGAGUGUUGACAUGAAUUAGAUUUGGCUGCUAUUACCCACCUUAUUAUUUUCUUUGGCGCUGUUUGGUGCCUUUUUUGUGAUACCCAGAUUUUAUUUGAGGACAACCAUUCUUGCAUAUUCUUUAAACAUUAUGUAUGUAUGUGCAUUAUAUAUGUACAGUAUAUUCUUAUCAGAUCUUUGAGAAACAGAGAUUGAUACGAAGGCACUGCAACUCAAGUGUUUGAAAAGCUCUUUUAAAUUAAGCUUUUCCAUGUUUCAGAUUAGAGAAGCAUGUUAACAGUGUAAAUGGAGACACAUGUAUAACAUAAGGUAGUAGAAGUCUAGCAUUCGUCUUUUUUAAUUUUAUAUUUAAAAAAUACUAUAAUUAGAUCUGGCAAUUUCACUUCAGAUCUUCAUUUGAAACGAAAAUAGUACAAUUAAUAUUCAGUUCUCUGGACUGAAAUUAUGAAUUUACAUGAAUGCGUUGUAACAUUGUAUUACAUUGGAUCUCUAUUUCUGCUGUCAAAUGUUUUGGGGAUGAAUGCCUGGAUACUAUUACUUUUCCUUAAAUGAUAAGGUAUGGCUGAACGUUGGGUUUCUGGAUUGAAUAUGGCAUGUGAAAGGGUGUACAAUGGAGCCAGUGCAAAUGAAGCGCUAGAAUGACCUGCACUGCUUGAUACGGAUGUUCUACUUUUGAAACCUUCUCCAUUUGAUUAAUAAUAAAAAUAAUUUGCUUGCAAAUACAAAAAGAGAUCUGCAGUGAAAUGUCUAGUCUAGAUUUUUAUUCUUGGAUGGUCUGGCUCUGCUGUAGAGAGCUUACAACAAAACCUAAAUUUCAUAAUGUAAUUUCCAUCUCCAGACCGAACUGGUACAGUUCAUUUUCUCAUUACAUUCUGUUAUUUAUGUAGAAACAGUCUUUGCCCUUGUGCAGCAAUCUUUUGCUUUGCAACAUGAAUAAUGAUCACAUAAUUCAUUUGAUUGUAAUGGAUGCUUAUGGAAAACAGGUUAGUUAAACAGUUUUUUUAAAGGAGAUAAUUAGAUAUAUAAGAUAAUUUGGGGAUACUGUAAUAUAAGUUGUUAAGCACAUGAUUUUCAUGUGUGGUUAAAUGUUUUUGUGAAAUUCUUAAGUUUGUUGUGUAAAAUCUUUAUUACAUCUGUAUUUUCAAAAUAUCAUUGUAGUAGGUGAUCUUUGUCGAUGACACCAACAAGCAUUUUAAAUUCUAAACCUCUAAUAUGAUUUAACAGUUAAGCGACUCAAUAUAAAGUUAUUAUUAGCGUGUUUAACUCAAGUAACAGAGGGUAUUCUGAAAAGAUUUUGUAUUUUACAAUAUAUAAUACUUUGCACUGUGUAGUAAUGUUUGGAAAAUUAUUAUUUGUUUUUUAAAUGUAUGGUAACUGUGAUGUCUGUUACAUGGUACAAGCACUGCAUUGUAUUAAAAUAAUGUAGUGGCAGUAAAACCACAUUUCAUGAGCAAGUGUUGGGAGUAGCAUUAUUGUUAUAUCAUAACUUAAGAUAUUUCAAUAAAAUACAUGCAGUUUUCA